UUGAUGAACUAUAAGAAUAGUAAUCGCUUGAAUGAUGAUAAAAAGCGUUAUCUUAUUGCGAGAAAGAUGGUGUAUUUAUAUGAGGGUGAUCUUGGCCAUGCUAUAGGUCAUUGGAGUACAAAUUGUAUAAGACAUGCUUAUUGUGAUAUUAGUUAUAAAGACUAUAUGGAACUUAAAAGCAGAUCCGAAGUUAGCAACUCCUACUUCGAAAAAAAAGCAAUUCAUCAUUAUGAAUUGUGGAUGCAAAAUGCUAUCAGAAGAGUUAAACGUGCAAGAGAGAUUGGAAAAAAAAUUCGAGCUGAAAUUAGAGAGGAAUCACGUCAAAUUAACAAUGUAUAG